AUGGCUUCUACAGAACCCAAAACCGUUGUGAUAUUUGGAGCUACGGGUAUUCAAGGUGGCUCGGUAGCCAAGGCCCUCUUGAGUGAUCCCAUCACUGCUCGGCAGUUCAAAGUCAGAGCAGUCACAAGAGACCCUACAAAACCUGCUGCCAAGGCUCUUAUUGCCCAAGGCGCUGAUGUUGGUGACCUCGAAGAUAAAGAGUCAUUGAAUUCAAUUUUGACCGGGGCACAUGCUUUGUUCCUGGUGACAAACUUUUUCGAGACCUAUGACGCUGCCCUAGAGAAAAGACAGGGCAAGAAUGUUGCUGACAUCGCUAAGAAAUUGGGUAUUAAGCACUUCAUCUGGAGCAGUCUCCCGAGUAUAUCCAAGAUUUUCUCUUACCAAGUCUCGAACAACAAGUUUACUGCUGCAGCUCAUUUUGACGGUAAAGCUGCCGUAGAUGAGUAUAUUCAGUCCUUGUCUAUUCCAUCCACAGUUGUUCGACUAGGUAUCUACGUUGAUGUGCUUCUGGACUUUAUUGCUCCCUUACCAACCAAUCCUCUGUCCUAUGGACUUUGCUUUCCUGGUACCUCCAACUGGAAAACGACACUGCCAAUCAUUGACCCUUCUGCAGACUUGGGCAAAUUUAUCAAAAUUGUUCUUCUCAACCCAGAUAAGACGAUUGGUCAAAGUUACAACCUUGCCGAGAAGUAUUACACUCUUGACAAGGUUUCCAGCAUUCUCCAACAGCGAGGUCUGAAAAUUGCGCCAAUUCCUGUGGAAUUAGAAACAUUCAAAUCUGGCCUUGCAGCAAAAGGAGUGCCCGAGUUUUUCCAGACAACCAUGGAGCAUAUCAUUCAAUACAUAAUCGAGUAUGGUUAUUUUGGCGGCGAGGGAAUUGACGCGGGUCUAGAGCUCGUGAACGAGGCGCUCACUUCACUUGAAGACUCUUGCAAGACGAACUCGAAAAUUGGCGAGCUUAUCAAUCAACAGUGA